AUGGAGAAUGAGCUGCCAGUCCCGCACACAUCUAGCAGUGCCAGUGUCACCAAUAGUACCAGCGGGGCCAGUAGCAGCAGUGGCUGCAACAAUAGCAGCAGUGGUGGCAGUGGACGCCCCCCGGGACCCCAGAUUUCUGUAUACAGUGGCAUUCCUGACCGACAGACUGUGCAGGUGAUCCAGCAGGCCCUGCACAGGCAGCCCAGCACUGCGGCUCAGUACCUGCAGCAGAUGUACGCCGCCCAGCAGCAGCACCUCAUGCUGCAGACAGCCGCCCUGCAGCAGCAGCACCUCAGCAGUGCCCAGCUCCAGAGCCUGGCGGCAGUACAGCAGGCGAGCCUAGUGGCCAGCAGACAAGGGAGCACUUCUGGCAGCAGUGCGUCUGCACAGGCCCCGACCCAGUCACCUUCGAUCAAUCUGGCAACCUCCCCAGCAGCAGCCCAGCUCAUCAACCGGGCUCAGAGUGUCAACUCAGCCACAGCCUCAGGCCUUGCCCAGCAGGCCGUGCUCCUGGGCAACACAUCUUCUCCAGCCCUCACCGCCAGCCAAGCACAGAUGUAUCUCAGGGCACAGAUGCUCAUCUUCACGCCCACGGCCACCGUCGCUACUGUGCAGCCUGAGCUCGGCACUGGCUCCCCCGCCCGGCCCCCCACCCCCGCCCAGGUACAGAACCUGACCCUCCGAACACAGCAGACACCAGCUGCAGCAGCCUCGGGCCCUAACCCCACUCAGCCUGUCCUGCCCAGCUUGGCCCUGAAACCCACACCUGGCAGUAGCCAGCCUCUGCCUACCCCAUCACAGGGCAGGAACACUGCUCAGGGUUCCCCUGCAGGUGCCAAGCCUGGCGUAACUGACAGUGUGGUGGAGCCACUCAAGAAAGGAGAUGGCAAUGGCAGCCUGCCAGGGAGCGUGGAGGGCCGGGCUGGGCUCAGCCGAACUGUUCCUGCUGUGGCUGCCCACCCCCUCAUUGCACCAGCUUAUGCGCAACUACAGCCACAUCAGCUCCUCUCGCAGCCAUCAUCAAAGCACCUGCAGCCCCAGUUUGUGAUCCAACAGCAGCCGCAGCCACAGCAGACCCAGCCGCCACGACCUGCACCCCAAGCCCAGUCCCAACCCCAGCUCACCUCAGUCCCUCCAAGCCUGGCCCUGCAGCCUGGCUCAGAAGCCCACACCAUGCCCCUGGGCCCAGUUACACCCACCCUGCCACUCCAGUGUCCCACUGCCAAUCUGCACAAGCCCAGCAGCAGUCAGCAGUGUCACCCUCCCACGCCAGACCCUGGGCCUCAGAAUGGACAUCCCGAGGGCAUGUCCCACACCCCUCAUCGCAGGUUCCAACACACCUCAGCUGUCAUCUUACAACUACAGCCUGCUUCACCAGUGCCCCAGCAGUGCUCCCCUGAUGACUGGAAGGAAGUGGGACCUGGGGAGAAGAGUGUGCCUGAGACUCGGUCAGGUCCAUCACCACACCAGCAAGCCAUUGUCACUGCCAUGCCUAGUGGCCUGCCUGUAGCCAAGAGCCCUAGCAUCCAGCAGUCUCCAGCUCACGAGACAGGGCAGGGCAUUGUUCAUGCGCUGACCGACCUCAGCAGCCCCGGCAUGACCUCAGGGAACGGAAACUCUGCCUCCAGCAUCGCCGGCACUGCCCCCCAGAAUGGUGAGAAUAAACCACCACAGGCCAUUGUGAAACCCCAAAUCCUGACGCAUGUUAUCGAAGGGUUUGUGAUCCAGGAGGGGGCGGAGCCUUUCCCGGUGGGACGCUCGUCCCUGCUGGUGGGGAAUCUCAAGAAGAAGUAUGCACAGGGGUUCUUGCCUGAGAAGCUUCCACAGCAGGACCAUACCACCACCACUGACUCUGAGAUGGAGGAGCCCUACCUGCAAGAAUCCAAAGAGGAGGGUACUCCCCUCAAACUCAAGUGUGAGCUCUGUGGCCGGGUGGACUUUGCCUAUAAGUUCAAGCGAUCCAAGCGUUUUUGUUCCAUGGCUUGUGCAAAGAGGUAUAAUGUGGGAUGCACCAAGCGAGUGGGACUUUUCCACUCAGACCGGAGCAAGCUGCAGAAGACAGGGUCCACCACCCACAACCGCCGCCGGGCCAGCAAGGCCAGUCUGCCAACACUUACCAAGGAUACCAAGAAGCAGCCAACAGGCACUGUACCCCUUUCAGUUACUGCUGCACUGCAGCUGACACACAGCCAGGAAGACUCCAGCCGCUGCUCAGAUAACUCCAGCUAUGAGGAACCCUUGUCACCCAUCUCGGCCAGCUCAUCCACCUCCCGCCGGAGACAAGGCCAGCGAGACCUGGAGCUCCCGGACAUGCACAUGCGGGACCUGGUGGGCAUGGGACACCACUUCCUUCCAAGUGAGCCCACCAAAUGGAAUGUAGAAGAUGUCUACGAAUUCAUCCGCUCUCUGCCAGGCUGCCAGGAGAUAGCAGAGGAAUUCCGAGCCCAGGAAAUCGAUGGGCAAGCUCUGUUGCUGCUCAAGGAGGACCAUCUGAUGAGCGCCAUGAACAUCAAGCUGGGCCCCGCCCUGAAAAUCUACGCCCGCAUCAGCAUGCUCAAGGACUCCUAGGGCUGGCUGGGCAGCCAGGAUCCUGGCCCAGGGGUCCUCCUCCCAACUGAGCAGAGCCAGACAGACAUUCCUUGAGGGCCCCAGAAACGGGGCUAGUUGGAGGAAAGGGGCCUCCCUAGGGGCAUGGCUGGUGAGGAGGUCUGGGCCCUCCUCAAUGGCUCUCAGGGGCCUUUCAUUUCUGUGGGAGGGGCAGAGAGGGAGGUGGCACAGAAGAUGGGGCUUUAUGCUUGUAUAUAUUGAUAGCACUGGCUUCUUCCAAAGUCCCAGUACUUUAGCCCCGCUCUCUUCCCCUCUCUCUGUCCCCCGUUUUCCAGGGGGUUUAUGGUCAGGGCUUCCCAACCUAAGUUGGGUUCCUUCCAAGGGCAGCCAGCAGGCCUGAGCGAGGCCUGGAGCGCCCUUGCCUUCCUUCCUCCACUUCCUUCUCCAGGCCUGGUGAACCUUCCGUUGCCAGCUUCUCCCCUUCAGCCUGUUUCGGCAGCAGCCGGGGGCUUCCCUACACCAGGUGCAGGUGGAGAGAGAGAAGCUGGGCCCAGGUUGGCCGUGCCUGCUGGCAUAGACGCCUUAAUGCUGUGUGUGUGACUGUGUGACUGUGGGAGCCUGGACUGACUGACAGUCCACAGCUGCCCUCUGGCAUCUCCAGGUGUUUUGUAGCAAAUGGCCACUUAGUGCUUUGUCCUGGACUCCACUCCGCCUGAGGAUGGGGAAUAGAAAAGAAGGGCAGCCUCUAGGGAGAGGCAAGUCCCCCCUCCAGAGGAGUCAAGAGGUCUCUAAGCCCCUCCCCACACUGUGACGUCCCCUGACUGCCCUGCUGCCUCACAAACAGCAUUAAGGAAACUGCCGGUGGGCUGGGCACAUCAGCUGAGCCUCUGGGUCUGCCUGCCUGCCCGCCCGCCCGCCCUGGGAGCCCAAGUGGUGGGGGCCCAGAGAAUUAAGCAGGGAGAGAGCAGCCAGUCACUGUUGGUGUGAAGAAGGCAGCCUUUGACCUCCCACUCCCACACUUUUUAGCUUACAAAACUUCCUAGCAGCAGUUACAGCUACCUGAGGAGGAGGCAGGGCAGGAAGGGUGAGGACCUGCCUCUGACUUGCCCUGUCCUUGCAGGCUCCUGGGGGAAGAGUUGGACUCUUCACAGGAAGGGGUGGGCACCUUUCUCAGCUUGUUCUAUUCCCCACCCACACCCCCAGGCAAGGUUGGAAAUGAAGGACUUUUUUUAACCUUUUUGUUUUUUUAAAAAUAAAUUUGCAAAAUCUGC